CUUAUACAAAGAAUUCACAUAAUUUGUCUAGUAAAUGUAACCCGCAAUAGUUAGCAUUCACAUGACGUGUCUGGGUAAUAUACUUAUGCCGCAAUAGUUAUCCUGUCUGGAACCGAGUGGAUAUUAAACCACAAUACUGUAUAAUACAUGCAUUACAAACAAACAGUCCCUACACUAAUAGGAUUUUGUUUCUCUUUCCCUGUCUCGUCCUCAAUCCCGAUGACAAUGAGACUAACAGACCCAGUUCCUGCUGCUGUGAAGGUCAUCACACCACAACGUGAUGCCCAGCCGUUGUCUGACCAACGACCACCAGAUGCCCCCGUUUGCUCUCUUCUGUUUUGGCAAGCGCUGCAGUCUUGCAACCCAGACUUUUCUGUUCUGCUCCUCUAUGAAAGAUCGCUUCUGUGGAGAGGAUCCUCUGAAAGCCUCGGGAGUUCUGGGGGUGGGGCUGAUCUGAGUAUAUACAGUAUAUUUAUGUGAUUCAGAAACGCUUCAUUCUUCACGUAAUCUUCAAACGUCUUCAUCUAGCGAGACGCGCGGGACUCGACUGCAAUAAAUACACCGGCGUUGAGCUUCUCACAUCCAGCAUAGAGAUCUACUGCUCCACACCGGUUAAAGAUGCCAUACCCACCAACCCAUUGACCUCACAAAGAGUCUAUUACAUCACCAUCAAUCAUCCAAGAUGAACACCUCAGAGGUCACCGCCCUGUCUCUCUUGGCCUUCUCCAUCAACUCCAGUUCUGUCCCUUACCCGCUCAAUGCCACCGAGACCCCAUCUCACACUAAGCCGAAAGCAUGCGAGCAGCUCAAUAUCGCCACCGAGGUGUUCCUCAUCCUUGGUAUCGUGAGCCUUCUGGAAAACAUCUUGGUCAUCUGUGCCAUCGUGAAAAACAAGAACUUGCACUCGCCCAUGUACUUCUUCGUCUGCAGCCUGGCUGUGGCCGACAUGCUGGUGAGCGUCUCCAACGCCUGGGAAACCAUCGUCAUUUACUUGCUCACCAACCGACAGCUGGUGGUGGAAGACCAUUUCAUCAGACAGAUGGACAACGUCUUUGACUCAAUGAUCUGCAUCUCUGUGGUAGCAUCCAUGUGCAGCCUUUUGGCUAUAGCUGUGGAUCGCUAUGUUACCAUUUUCUACGCUUUGCGGUACCACAACAUCAUGACAGUGCGACGCGCAGCCCUAAUCAUCGGAGGCAUAUGGACCUUCUGCACAGGCUGUGGCAUUGUCUUCAUCAUCUAUUCUGACAAUACAUCUGUCAUUGUGUGUUUGGUCUCCAUGUUCUUCAUCAUGCUGGCGCUCAUGGCUUCUCUCUACAGUCACAUGUUCAUGCUGGCCCGAUCUCACGUCAAGCGCAUCGCUGCCCUGCCGGGCUACAACUCCAUCCACCAGCGGGCCAGUAUGAAAGCAGCUGUCACCCUAACUAUUCUCCUGGGCAUCUUCAUCGUCUGCUGGGCUCCGUUCUUUCUCCACCUCAUCCUCAUGAUCUCCUGUCCUAGAAACCUUUACUGUAUGUGCUUCAUGUCUCAUUUCAACAUGUACCUCAUCCUCAUUAUGUGCAACUCCGUCAUAGACCCGCUUAUUUACGCUUUUAGAAGCCAAGAGAUGCGGAAAACCCUCAAGGAGAUUAUCUGCUGCUAUAGCCUGAGGAAUGCAUUUGGGAUGUCUAGGUAACGUCAAACCAGGAGUAAAAUAAGUGAUGGAUUAUCAUUCCACUAAUGGACUAGAAAAUGAUUUCAUUCCCCUUCCUGAAUUCUCCUUCCUGGCUGAUUUAGAUUAUUCUUUUGUUAUAUGAGAGAAAUGACAUUUUUAAUGCAAAAUGUGGAUCAAAACUAAAGGUAUUAAUCAAAAUAAACACUAUAUUUUGCACUUUAUUUGACAAUAUGUGCACAAUGGUGUACUUACCCAACUACAUGCACUUAUGGGUUAGGUUUAGGUUCAGGGUUGGUAUCAUAGUAAUUACAAAGUUACAUAGUAUGUACAUAUAGCUACAAAAGAUGUAAUAAGUCAUCAUGUUUAAUGAGACUAUUGUAUAUAUUAAGGUUAUAUUUAGAAAUUUAAGAAAAGUUUAGGACUUCAAAACCGCACAAUCCUUGACUGACAUAUUUAGAGACGCAGUGCAACUAUUGAUCUAAGCCUACAGUAAACACAAGUGAUAAUUGUUAAUUGAUAAUUGUUCUAGACAUUAAUGUUGUAUUAGUGAUAAGCAAUUAGAAAAAAGAAAUUGAAAUUCAUUCGUAGCCAUCUACAGUGUAAAUACGUCAUGCAAACACACAGUGAAUUAAAGAUGAAACACAGUACAAUGUGCACUAAUAAAAGCGACAGACCAACUGUUGCUAAAUGGAUUUGCUGUCAUACUGUUUCUAACAUGUAAUGGUUUCAAAGAAACGACUGUGAAGGAUUUUGAGUUGCAGGUUUUUCCAAAGAUCUUGAAAGGUAAAAGCUUUUGUAGUGUGUGCGUUGAAAGGAAAUGGUCCACUUAAGUAUAAUGUGUAUAUUUAUGUAUAAAGAAAAAAAGUUGUGUGCUUGAUUUCCAGUGAACACACAUACUGAUGCAAAUCUGUAGCAUGAAUGCACUGUAUGUCGCUUUGCAUAAAAGCAUUUGGUCGAUGCAUAACGUAAAUGUCAAAUGUAAAAAUGUAAACACAGAAUGCAUUAGCUCUUUUGCAAAGGUGAACAUUAAGGAUGUGGUUUUACCUUAUUAUGCCUUGCUAUGCCUAUAGUAUUAAAAUCAAAACUAAAAAUAUUAUAAAAGCUUUUUAUUUAUAUUGCCAAUUAUUUACGUGUUAUUGUAAGUGUAUAGAGUGUAAUGUGUAGGAAGACUACAGUUUUCUUUUGAUGUACAGUAUUUACCACUAAGCCUUCAAUAGUUGUUUGAUCAUUGAAUAUAAAAAUCAGUAGUGCUCACCCAGCAAGCUAUUUUGGGUAAAACAAGGCACAAUUUGGGCUGCAGUGAAUGUCUAAUAAAUGUCUAACCAUAGCCCAAGACGAUGCGAAUACGCUUUGAGCAUGUAAAGGAAAUGAAAGCAAACACCGUGAACACCUGUUGACUUUGCUUACAUGAUGGAAAAAAAAGUUUAUUUAGGGCUACUCUUAGCCAGACUAUAUUGGGUUUAUAGUUAGCUAGUCAGUCAAAUUCAUUAACCUAUCUACCGUACCUUCCUAUCUAUCUAUCUGUCUGUCUAUCUAAACUUUAUCCUGAAAUAUAUCUUGACUCUGUCCUAAAACGUAUAAACCUAACAACAAUGGCGGCAUUCAGGCCUGUGUUUGUGCUACUCAAGACUUUUUUAAUGCUUGUUUAACAAAGUUUACAAUUUUUUUCCACUUCGAGGGUCACUUUAAGUAAUAAACUACCUCAUCAUCUUACUAAACAAAACUGUUCGAUGCUUUUGCCACCUGAUUGUUUGUAUUUAUCAUUCUUCUAUAGUAUUCAUGGAUAUCAGCUGACGUCACUCUCAUCUCAAACUUGUCUUCCACCAUUUUGAGUACCUGAAGUGGUCACAAAAGAACUAGAAGAUAUGUUGUGAGCAUCAAAAUCGCAAUUUUUACAACACUAAGAAGGCUUGACACAACAUCAUACUUUGCCCGAAGUAUCACCUGUGUCUCUACACGUGAACUUGAACAUUGAGAACAUUGUUUGUGUACACAGAGUUUACUAAAAAGAAGGUUUUGAAUAACUGACUUUGGCUGUUUUGGCGUCCGCUCGCUGCCAUCUUCCCAGUCAAGAUGUAUCGUUUUCCGAAUGCGACGUAAGGACCGAGGAGAGUAAAGAUGGAUAGCUCCUAAAGCAUACUUCCAUAUACAGUAAAUGCACGGAUAAUUUGUUGUUUUGUCGCAAGUGAAAAACAAUAUUGACCUUCUAGUUGAAAAAGGAGCCUCAUAUGAGAUUCAUUCAUUCGCAUUCGGAAAUCGAUUAUUAAUGUCUGGCAAAGAUGGCGAGCGGACACCAAAACAAAUAGCGUUUUUUUUAAAUAGCGUUUCUUUUCAUGACAGUCGAGGUGCGAAAUGUUGUCUUUCGUAGCCAUUUCCCAUAUCCGUAAGAAUCAUAGACAGUAAAAGAUAGGCCAAUGCUUGUCAGUAGCCUACUGGUACUCUUUAGGUACUCAAGAUGGCGGCAGGCAACUGGAAUGACGUAAAAGGUCACAUGACUGAUAUUCAUGAAUAGAAGAACACAUAAAGGCACAUACACUGUAAGAAAAAAAUGCAGCAUAAAUUUAAAACAACUCAAGUCAAUUCAACCUACAACAUUAAGUUUUAGUAAUGUUUUUAAGUUUACAUUAAUUUUUUUUACUUAUUUUGUUCAGUGUUGGGGGUAACGCAUUACAAGUAACGUGCAUUACGUAAUAAUAUUACUUUUCUGAAGUAAUGAGUAAAGUAACGCAUUACUUUUUUAAUGUACAUAUUCGAGUUACUUUUUUAAAAAAGUAAUGCAAGUUACUUUUUUUGUGUAAUUAAUUAAAUAAAAAAAUAUAUGUUUUUGAAUUAUAGUCACAUUAUGCACUCUAUGCGUACAUGCCUGUGUGGGAACAGUUUGAGUCAGAAACUAAGAAGGCAGACCAGAGCUCGACCUUUUUGUCAUGAAAUUUUCUGAAUGUAGAACUUUUCGGUCUUAAAAAACAACUGCAAGGUCUGAAAUAGAUUAAGCCAAGAAAAAAUUACGCAAAAAUAACUAAAAAGUAACGUAAGCAUUACUUUCCAUGAAAAGUAAGUAACGCAAUUAGUUACUUUUUUGGGGUGUAACUUAAUAUUGUAAUGCAUUACUUUUAAAAGUAACUUUCCCCAACACUAAUUUUGUUAAGUUAAAGGAACAUAAAAUAUAUGUUGAUAUAAUUUUUUACAGUGUAGCGUUUCUUUAUACAGUAAACAACAUUAUGACAACGCUUUUCAUUGUUUUUGCAUAUCCACGUAAAUGGAGAUUGCAUUUUACUACAAAGGAUAAACCUUUUGAUUGUUAGUACAAUCGUUGUUGUAUAAAUGUGCCAUUGCCCUUUACAAAGAGGUUGCGUGGUAUAUAUAUAUGACGUUACAACUAUAGCUCUGACUCCCGUAAGCAGAUCAAGUGCAUUAGUUUUCAUCUCUGGCUCUAUUCUUGCUGUGUAAACUAGUAUUCUGAACAACCAUUAUUGUAGCGUAGAGUAGUAAGGUAGGUGAUUAUUAUGUCAAGUAUGCAAUAUGGCUGAAUUUAAAAGCAUCUCAAGUGUUAUAUGGUAAUUGCUUCAACUGUAAAUACACUUCAGUCUCACUAUAAAGUCAGUUCAUCAGCUUCAUGUUCCCAUCUGAUUUGAUAUUUAUUUCUUGUUCACUUCCCUCAGGUUCAAUUGAAAUGCUUAUCCAAACACUCAAGCACAUAAUAAUAACCUUCCUUACCUGACAGGCUCAUGAUGGUAAUAAAGGAAUGUGCCUUCAAUAUGUUUUGUGUUAUUUAAAUGACCUUUAAGGUUGUCUGAUCUGAGCCCUCAUUCACUCGGUGGGACAUUUACUCCUCAGGUUCACAGCUCUGUUUGCUUUCAGAAACGAAUCGGUGAUGAUCUCUCUCUAUAAGUGCCCCAUUCUUUCAACAAAAAGCCUCAUUGCACCCAAGAUAAUUGCUCUUGAGCGGUAUCACAGAAAUAGACAAUUAUUAGACAUGUAUCAUUCUAAAGAACACGUGCACAUCUCAUACUGCUAUACAAUAUGAAUACAAGUUUGCUGGCAAUUAUGAGACAAUUAUGAAUACAAUAUCAAAGGCUUGUUUUCAUCCAUGUUCUCCCUGUAUUGACAGUUUGACUUGCAGAUUUGUGUCUGAACUGCAGUACAGCACUUUGCACUGUGAAAAGCUGAUAUAUGUAACUGUGGUAUGCAGUGUGUAUGUAAUCUCUGGAGUUAUGUACUGUUAUAUUUGUUUGCAUGUAUAAUUAAAGAUGUGUGAUCAA